CGCUGUGACGGUUAGCCGCUAGCAUAGCCGCUCCUGUAGCGCAGCCAUCCAUCCGCAGCAUCAUGGCGGAGCGAAGCCACUCAUCUGCGGCUCCGGCUGCCGGCCACAGUCCGCAAGCGGGAACCACGGCCAGCUGGCCUAUUGUCAAGGACGCGUACGAGCUGCACGAUGUUAUAGGCAGUGGAGCCACAGCGGUAGUCCAGGCUGCUCUCUGCGUCCCUCGACAAGAACGGGUGGCCAUCAAGAGGAUCAACCUGGAGAAAUGCCAGACCAGCAUGGAAGAACUACUGAAAGAAAUCCAAGCCAUGAGCCAGUGCAACCAUCCGAAUGUAGUAACAUAUUAUACCUCAUUUGUGGUGAAGGAUGAGCUUUGGUUGGUUAUGAAACUACUGAGUGGAGGAUCAGUAUUGGACAUUAUAAAGCACACAUGUAGCAAAGGAGAGCACAAAAAUGGCGUAUUGGAUGAAGCCACAAUAGCUACUAUUUUAAAAGAGGUCUUAGAGGGUCUUGAUUACCUGCACAGAAAUGGACAAAUUCACAGGGAUGUGAAAGCUGGGAACAUCCUGUUGGGAGAAGACGGCUCAGUGCAGAUAGCAGACUUUGGUGUAAGUGCAUUUCUGUCGACUGGAGGAGAUGUAACCAGACAUAAAGUUAGGAAAACCUUUGUUGGAACUCCAUGUUGGAUGGCACCAGAAGUGAUGGAACAGGUACGAGGUUAUGAUUUCAAAGCUGACAUUUGGAGUUUCGGGAUCACUGCCAUAGAGCUGGCCACAGGAUCUGCACCCUAUCAUCGAUACCCGCCUAUGAAGGUCUUAAUGCUGACACUGCAGAAUGACCCCCCAACCUUAGAGACAGAAGUGGAGGAUAAAGAGAUGCUCAAGAAAUAUGGGAAAUCUUUAAGAAAACUAAUAACUUUGUGCCUUCAAAAGGACCCGACUAAGAGGCCAACUGCGGCAGAACUUUUGAAAUGUAAAUUCUUCCAAAAAGCCAAGAACCGGGAAUACUUGAUUGAAAAGCUGCUCUGUAAAGGACCAAAUAUAAGCCAAAGAGCCAAAAAGGUAAGGCGAGUGCCAGGAUCAAGCGGUCGUUUGCACAAGAUGGAGGAUGGAGAUUGGGAAUGGAGUGAUGAUGAGAUGGAUGAAAGAAGUGAAGAAGGGAAGGCAGCUGUCAAUCACGGAAGGUCACGGAGGGUCAGAGAUGAAAACCAGCAUGAGGAAGUGAAUGCCAACAACGUCCCUAUAGAAGGCCUGUCCAUUCAGCAUCCCCAGAUUCAACCUCUUGAAAACAGCCCAAGCACUCAGGGUGCUGUGAACAUGGUCCUGAGACUGAGGAACUCGAGGAAGGAGUUGAAUGACAUACGGUUUGAAUUCACUCCAGGUCGAGAUACUGCUGAUGGAGUUUCUCAGGAGCUGUUUUCUGCUGGUCUCGUCAGUGGACAUGAUGUUGUAGUCGUUGCUGCUAACCUUCAAAAGAUUGUAGAAGACCCAGUUACAUAUAAAGUGUUGACCUUUAAACUGGCAUCUGGCUGUGACAGUACAGAAAUCCCUGACGAGGUGAAGCUAAUUGGCUUUGCCCAGCUCAGUGUUACCUGAUGGCGUACCUCUGAGGGAAGAGGAAGAGGAUGGGAGGAGGACGAAGGCUUUGAACGGAGAGACUGAAUGCUCAAGACAGUGCAGACUGAGGGUUUAGGAGCCAUCUCCAGCUUGCUCCCAGCUCAAACUCCUCUCAGCUCUAUCCUCAAUAUAAUUACCUUCUAACUGUCAAUAACUAAGCAUUCUGUCAAUAAUUAAGUAACACACACACACACACACACACACACACAGUCAGCUUCCUUUGCCCUACAUUCUGCUCAUGCAAUGUCUGUCCUUAACAUUCCACCUCUCUCUUCCCCUCAGCUCUAACCUUGAUGCACUCAGGUGGCUAUAGCCAGCAAUCAUGAUGAAAAAAGAGAAAGAUUUAGAGAUUUUCAUUAUAAUUAUGUUACAUUUAUUUUUAGCAAAGUUAUUAUUAUUAUUAUUAUUAUUAUUAUUGGGAAAAGCCUUAAAUUUUCCUUUCCUCAUUUUGAAAGAUGAACUUUUCUGAUGCGCACAUUAACACUGCAAAACUUGGUGUUAAAUCAGUUAUUCACCUCUUCCUAAAGUUAUUUAUACAGUAGAGAAAAAAAUAAGAACAUUAUUAUCCUUGAUUCUGUAAUCAAUACUGUGUUGAAAGUGAUCUGUACUGUAUGUACACGAAAUAUUUAAUCCACUAAGAGUGAAUGAAACCGUGUCCCACACAAGAAGUAGGAUGGCGAGACCUGAAUGCUGCCAUGUGCAAAUGUACUUGCUUUAUGUUUCAGGACAGUGUUGAUGCUUAACUGCUAGAGGUGCCUUGUUCAUUAAUCCGUGCCUAAGAACACAGGUAACAAGCUAAAGCUGUCUAAAGCAUAGACUGCGUCAUGUCGUUAAACCGAGCAGAAUUGCUUUUCAGCCGAUAGCUCCAUUUAAAAGUAUUUUCACUGGCAACCAGCUUACGUUGAAAUGACAAAAGCUUUAAUGCACUUUGAUUUUCGGAUUGUGCAAUGUACCCGUGCUUCUCCCUCGGAAAACCCGCCAGAUUUAACCUCUAAAGCUUUGUUGAUGACAGAACGAUCAUUAUAACUGUAACGCACACCUGAACUGUGAUAUGAUGGAGGGAAAAAAGCCAGCUGCUGAGUAUAAAGAAGUAGCCGCAAUAUCUUGCUGCAUCAGCCAGCAUGCAUCUGUCUGGUUUUUCUAACGUAAGAAUGUUCAGAACCAAAAGAUGAUGACUUCUGUAUGAGAGAUUAGUCAUGAUUCCAAAAACAAGUAUGGUUAUUCCAGAUUACUCCAUUUUCAACUGUAUUUGAAAAU